AUGGCCUUUGGCUACCGAGCAGCAGAGCUUGCGUGCGGGCGCUCCGUGCGGCCUCUGCCUGGUGAAGAUGCGGAGGGCUCGGGUACAGGCAGGGUGCCCCGGAAUCGGUGCAGCCUUUCGACCACGCUGCGCUUCCUGCAGGCCAUGGCCUCUGUCCAGGCAGGGCCCUUCAGUGCCCUGCAGCAUCUUCUGCACCGAGUGCUGGAGCAUCUGCAAGAGUUGCGCCCGCACCAGUGCUUCUUCAUCUUGCAGGCUAUGAGCCGCCUGCGACUGCGACACCCGAAGGCCGGCCGGAUCCUGCAGCAGCUGAGCCUGGCGUGGCGGGCACUGCCCGAGAAGAAGUUUGUGAAGGCGGCAAACGCCGUGGCCAAGCUAGACCUCGGAAAGGAGCUUUGGGCGAAGCCUCUGAAAGUGGCCCUGGAAGCGUGGCUGCCUCGAAUGCAUGGUCGCCAGCUGGCCAACCUCAAAGCGAUUGCCGUGAUGGAGCUGCUGAAUGAACCGCAGGCGAUGCAGACGUACCUCGAGCAGUGUGAAAGCAUGCGCAACGACUUCUGGUACUCCCGGCACCUACAGGUGGUUGAGGCUCACGUCCACUUGCUGUACCCCGAGCUGUGGACCUCUCUGGACGACCGGAUCCGCGUCUUCCUCCAGGACGUGCGGACCGCGGCCGAGGAGAGCCGACAGCGGGCGCAGGAAGCGGCGCAGCAGGCCGCGCAGGAGGAGAGCUCGGACUCGGAGAGUGAUAACUCAGAUUCAGAGGGGUUUCAGGCCGAGGUGCCGAGCCUGGCCCCACCCACCUUCGACAAGCAGCGAUUCAGCUCCGCUUUGCAUGCAGACAUCAGCCGUAUGCUAACAAGCCUGGGCGUGGAGCACAGCAACAAAGUCUCUGCUGGGCCCGUGCUCUUGGACAUGGUGCACGUGGCCAGCAUGGUGGUCGUGGAGGCGGCAGCGCCCUGGCAGUUCUACCUGCGCUCCCCGCAGAUCACUGCCCUCGCACGGCGCCGUCAGGAGAUGAUCCAGGCCAUGGGGUUCAAGGUCACCAUCAUCCCGUACUUUCGCUGGGAUGUCCUCAAGGAUGACGCUGCCAAGGCAGAGCUUCUGCGGAAGCAGCUGCCCAAGGAGGUCACCAGUUGCCCAGCCUCGCCCGGAGGCAGCGGCCAUGCGGAUGAGGCGCAAAGCUCGCACUCCCGCCACUCGAUUUAA